GACGCCAACCAGGGCCGCGGCAGCCAUCGCGCUUUGCAGGUCGGGCUGGGAGGGUGUAAGGGCAGACGCCAGCCCGAGAGUCGUGUUCUCCUCGGUCACAGACCUUGGUAAGAUUUGGACAUGUCCUUCAUAUUUGAUUGGAUUUACAGUGGCUUCAGCAGUGUGCUACAGUUUUUAGGAUUAUAUAAGAAAACUGGUAAAUUGGUAUUUCUUGGAUUGGAUAAUGCAGGAAAAACAACAUUGCUACACAUGCUAAAAGAUGACAGACUUGGACAGCAUGUCCCAACGUUACAUCCCACUUCAGAAGAACUGACGAUUGCUGGCAUGACUUUUACAACUUUUGACCUGGGUGGACAUGUUCAAGCUCGAAGAGUGUGGAAGAACUACCUUCCUGCCAUCAAUGGUAUUGUAUUUCUUGUGGAUUGUGCAGACCACGAGAGGCUGUUAGAAUCCAAAGAAGAACUUAAUUCAUUAAUGACAGAUGAAACCAUUGCUAAUGUACCUAUACUGAUUCUUGGGAAUAAGAUUGACAGACCUGAAGCCAUCAGUGAAGAGAGGUUAAGAGAGAUGUUUGGCUUAUAUGGACAGACAACAGGAAAGGGGAAUGUGUCUCUGAAAGAACUAAACGCUCGACCUCUGGAAGUUUUCAUGUGCAGUGUGCUCAAAAGGCAAGGAUAUGGAGAAGGCUUCCGCUGGAUGGCACAGUACAUUGACUAAUGCCAGCCUGCAUGGCUUCUGGGCCUCCACAGUCAGGCCACCCAGAGAUUUGAUCACUCAACUUGCGGAACUUGAAUUCAAUAGACUUUUGUUGGUUAAAAAGCAGAUGUUUUGUAGAAUAUUAAUAUAUCGACUUAAUUUGAGUGAGAAUUGAAACUGAUUCAAGUAAGUUUGGAUAUCACCUUAGCUUUCUAAUUACAUGAAAUAGUUUUUACAGUUUAUAAUCUGACAUCACCCCAGCACCCUUUAUAAAGAGUGUCUUUCCAGCAGUACAUUUGAAGCACUUUCUAACAAUAUGAAACUACAAAUACACAUUUAAAAGCUCAUCAUGUUAAAUUUUUUAUGUACUUUUUUGGAACUAGUUUUUAAAUUUCGGAUUAUAUGUUCACCCCCAAGUGUACAGUUAAUAAUUAGCUUAUCAGUGAAUGCAUGAUGCCUUACAGUUUUCAACAAUAGUUUUUCUUAUGCAAACAUCAUGCAAUAAAACAGGUUCUAAUGUUUGGCA